AUGAACGGACGCUGCGUCACCGGGCGCUGUGCUCAAUUCCAGAAUGAGAGAGCAUACCGGCACUGCAGCCCCUCACUUGCACAGGGUCCGCCUCUCGCCGCGCAUACCCCUCGCCGUCAUCACGCUAUCGUCAGCUUCCGCCGCUCGUCCCUCGCAGGAAUCGUGCGAGUGACAGUACCUAGAGCCAAUCUUAACCGCACAUCCGUCACGCGACCUCUCUCGAGGCGUUUGCUGCCCUCAAUUCGCGCCUUCAUAAACCAACCGGACGCGGCGCGGCCCGGCAGCAAGGCAUCCCGGAUCGCGGCAACAGAUGGGGCUCCGUCCCUAAUCGACACGUCCCGACGACAAGCCGCCGCUGCUGCACGUUCUCCUGCCGCCGGUGCUACCUCCGCUUCUGCCACUGCUUCUACCACAGCUGCCGCUGCCGCGGCGCUUGAGGACUCGUUAUGGAGUCGCGGCAUUCCCGAGGUGUAUUCAACGGACGCGCAAAUCCUGCGCGGCGAGGUGGAGGGAUUCGCGGGGAUGAACGAGGAGGGCGACUGGAUUCUGCUGCUGCCGUCGGGUCGCAAGCGGCAGUACCUGCGAAAGCGCCGCUCGAAACCUCGAGUUCCUCUCGCCAUUGACCCUGUUGACCGCAUGUGUCGCAGAUUGAAGGAUCUACGCCGUUCGUGGUCAGCAGCGGAAGAUCAAAUCUGCUGCCUGUUCUCCAUCAACUCGCCUCACUCUCCCUCUUUCAAUCACCCCGCACCAUUCUCCCGCUUUCCAUCACCUCGCCCCAUUCUCCCUCCUUCCAUCACCCCACCCCAUUCUCACGCUUUCCGCCACCCUGCCCCAUUCCCCCGUUUUCCAUCACCCCGCCCCAUUCUCCCACUUUCCAUCACCCCACCCCAUUCUCCCUCCUUCCAUUACCCCGCCCCAUUCUCGCGCUUUCCAUCACCCCGCCCCAUUCUGACGCUUUCCAUCACCCACCCCAUUCUCCCGCUUUCCAUCACCUCGCCCCAUUUUCCCGCAUUCCAUCACCCUGACUCAUUUUCCCGCUUUCCAUUACUCCGCCCCAUUCUCCCGCUUUCCAUCACCCCGCCCCAUUCUCCCGCUUUCCAUCACCUCGCCCCAUACUCCCGCUUUCCAUCACCCCACCCCAUUCUCCCUCUUUACAUCACCCCGCCCCAUUCUCCCUCCUUCCAUCACCCUGCCCCAUUCUCCCUCUUUGCAUCACCCCGCCCCAUUGUCCCACUUUCCAUCACCCCGCCCCAUUCUCCCUCUUUCCAUCACCCCGCACCAUUCUCCCGGUUUCCAUCACCUCGCCCCAUUCUCCCUCCUUCCAUCACCCCACCCCAUUCUCCCGCUUUCCGUCACCCCGCCCCAUUCUCCCACUUUCCAUCACCCCGCCCCAUUCUCCCACUUUCCAUCACCCCGCCGCAUUCUCCCUCUUUCCAUUACCCCGCCCCAUUCUCCCGCUUUCCAUCACCCCUCCCCAUUCUCCCGCUUUCCAUCACCUCGCCCCAUACUCCCGCUUUCCAUCACCCCACCCCAUUCUCCCUCUUUACAUCACCCCGCCCCAUUCUCCCUCCUUCCAUCACCCUGCCCCAUUCUCCCACUUUCCAUCACCCCGCCCCAUUCUCCCGCUUUCCAUCACCCCGCCCCAUUCUCCCGCUUUCCAUCACCCCGCCCCAUUCUCCCUCUUUCCAUCACCCCGCACCAUUCUCCCGCUUUCCAUCACCUCGCCCCAUUCUCCCUCCUUCCAUCACCCCACCCCAUUCUCCCGCUUUCCGUCACCCCGCCCCAUUCUCCCACUUUCCAUUACCCCGCCCCAUUCUCCCGCUUUCUAUCACCCCGCCCCAUUCCCCCGCUUUCCAUCACCCCACCCCAUUCUCUCGCUUUCUAUCACCCAUCCCAUUCUCCCGCUUUCCAUCACCUCGCCCCAUACUCCCGCUUUCCAUCACCCCGCCCCAUUCUCCCUCUUUACAUCACCCCGCCCUAUUCUCCCUCCUUCCAUCACCCCGCCCCAUUCUCCCGCUUUCCAUCACCCCGCCCCAUUGUCCCACUUUCCAUCACCCCGCCCCAUUCUCCCGCUUUCCAUCACCUCGCCCCAUUCUCCCUCCAUCCAUCACCCCACCCCAUUCUCACGCUUUCCAUCACCCUGCCCCAUUCCCCCGUUUUCCAUCACCCCGCCCCAUUCUCCCACUUUCCAUCACCCCGCACCAUUCUCCCGCUUUCCAUCACCUCGCCCCAUUCUCCCUCCAUCCAUCACCCCACCCCAUUCUCACGCUUUCCAUCACCCUGCCCCAUUCCCCCGUUUUCCAUCACCCCGCCCCAUUCUCCCACAUUCCAUCACCCCGCCCCAUUCUCCCACUUUCCAUCACCCCGCCCCAUUCUCCCUCUUUCCAUUACCCCGCCCCAUUCUCCCGCUUUCCAUCACCUCGCCCCAUUCUCCCUCCUUCCAUCACCCCACCCCAUUCUCCCACUUUCCAUCACCCCGCCCCAUUCUCCCACUUUCCAUCACCCCGCCCCAUUCUCCCACUUUCCAUCACCCCACCCCAUUCUCCCUCUUUCCAUUACCCCGCCCCAUUCUCGCGCUUUCCAUCACCCCGCCCCAUUCUCCCCCUUUCCAUCACCCACCCCAUUCUCCCGCUUUCCAUAACCCCGCCCCAUUCUCCCGCAUUCCAUCACCUGACUCAUUUUCCCGCUUUCCAUCACUCCGCCCCAUUCUCCCGCUUUCCAUCACCUCGCCCCAUUCUCCCGCUUUCCAUCACCCCGCCCCAUUCUCCCACUUUCCAUCACCCCGCCCCAUUCUCCCGCUUUCCAUCACCCCGCCCCAUUCUCCCGCUUUCCAUCACCCCGCCCCAUUCUCCCACUUUCCAUCACCCCGCCCCAUUCUCCCACUUUCCAUCACCCCGCCCCAUUCUCCCUCUUUCCAUUACCCCGCCCCAUUCUCCCGCUUUCCAUCACCCCGCCCCAUUCUCUCGCUUUCCAUCACCCAUCCCAUUCUCCCGCUUUCUAUCACCCCGCACCAUUCUCCCGCUUUCCAUCACCUCGCCCCAUUCUCCCUCCUUCCAUCACCCCACCCCAUUCUCCCGCUUUCCGUCACCCCGCCCCAUUCUCCCACUUUCCAUCACCCCGCCCCAUUCUCCCACUUUCCAUCACCCCACCCCAUUCUCACUCUUUCCAUAA